AUGCGGUUUCUACAUCUCAUUCUGAUUUGUGUUUUAACUCUUCUCAUUAACGCACUAUUUAGUUUGGCCGCUAUUGCGGAUAAUCACCAAGCAAGUGCGUGGGUGCCAUUUGAAAACAGCAUGUCUCGUGGUAGAGCCCACACGGCGGUGGUGUUUGUAAAUGCCUCUUUUCUCAUCGCUGGCGGCUGUGUAGAUGUGGCCUGUCGACAGCAAGUCAACACAGUGGAUAUACUAGAUCCCAAUCAACAGGUGUUUACACGGCACUUGGAAUUGCCUAUUAAACUACGUGUACCUUUACCGAAUUUCAACAGUAGUAGUAGUGGCAGUAGUAAUAGUAGUAACAGUCGUAGUGGAAAUAACAGUAGUCAGAAUGAUGAUGAUAAUAAUAAUAAUAAUAAUAAUAAUAAUAAUAAUAAUAAUAAUAAUAAUAAGGGAUAUGAAAGAAAAAGAAAAAGAGAAGAAGAAGUGUAUGUAUCUCUUGGAUUCUCUGGUCCCACUGCCGUGGUAAGAGUCGAUAGAAGUGAAGAAGAGGAUUCUCUCUUGUUUGUGGUUGGACCUUGUAGUUAUUAUUUCCCGGAUCAUCAAGGUUUGGCAAAUGCUUCUCUUGUACAACAGCAAUAUGGAAGUAUAUGGCAACUCUCCAGUGAUUUAACAGAAGUUGUUGAACAUAUUCACAUUCACAAGAAAUUAUAUAAUAAUAAUAAUAAUGAUAAAAUAAAGGGAGAAGGUGUAAAAGAACAAGCACUACCAUUAUUCCGUGCGAAUGCCACCUGUACUUCACGUGAGGGUUUCAUUAUUAUUAUUGGUGGUGUGGAUAUCACAACAGGUAAACCAUUGGAUUCAAUUGAUGUUUACGAUACGAAGAAAGGACAAUAUAUUCCCGAUACCUUUCGUCUCUCAUCACCAGUGCGGAAUCCAUUAGUAGCAGUGGAUAGUGGACUUAUUUACAUUGCCGGAGGAGAAACACAUGGUUGUCCAUAUGAGCAUGUAAAGAAAGAUUUGGAUGUAGAGAGGGAUUCUGCAGGAUGUACAGAUAAUAUGUCAUGGACUGCGAAAAAUGAGAAUAUGAAUGAAAUAGAAAAGUUUCAUAAUUACUGGCAUCCAUCUUCUGUGGUACAAACUAUUAUUUUAGAUUCCACUCUUGAUAAAGAGCAAAAGAAUGGAAAUCAAAGUAAUGAUAACUUGAAUGAUAUUCCUUCUUUUCACUUAGUAGGUGAGUUACCCGCUAACCCAGAACUUCUUGUACCUAGUGGUUAUAAUGAUUCCCAUCCAUUACUUAAUGUUUCCGUAUAUGAUAAUCGUCAUCUCUUUGUAUUUGAUGGUAAACUAUGUCUUAUUCUAAACAGUAGUUUUACUAACUGUUUGGAUGUGGAAAGCUAUCUUAACAAUAAGAAUAGAGAUAAUACUACUAUGGUUAGUAGUAUGGGUAGUUCUUCUGAAUGGCAGGCACUCUCCUGUUUUUCCUUCCCCACACCUGUACACUCACAGACAUUCUUUGCCUUUACACUUCCUGCAGGUAUGUUAGGUGCAAUGCUUACAUUCUUUGCAGUGGGUGGUUUUAACAGUGAUGGGAUUGGAUCAGCUGUGGUUUUUUACCGUACAAGUGGUCUUCUUACCUCAAGUGUACCCAACGUGGAAGGAUUUGUAUAUAUUAUUGAUGAUAUAUAUCGUAGUAAGUCUAAUCAUAAUAGUGAGGAGGAUACAAGUACAAGUAUGAAUGAUAAGACGAAAGGUUCACUGCUUUCACUUCCACUUCAACCUCCACGUAGUGCGUUUGUAAGACUCUCUGGAAAUCCUGUAUGUAUUGGUACCGUAGCGAAUACAGAAGAUGUGUAUGUAAAUUAUCAACCAGGAACCGCUGCUGUGGCUACUUUUCAUCCCACUAUACCUGCCGCUCAUGUAUAUGUUUGUCUGGCAAAGGUGCCUGUACAAGUUCCUGAGAAUACAAAGAAGAGUUUAUUGUUACUUUUUACUCCUGUAACAUUUACACCGUUUCGAAUUGCCUAUGCCUUUCAUCCAGCACCAGAAGAUAAGAAAACAGGUGGAAAUAGUCUUCACGUAGUACUUAUUACUAUUUCUGCUGUAUUAACGGUUACCUUAUCGGUAUUAGCCGUAUUCUCAGUACGUAUGAAACACACCGCAGCUGGUGGAAAUGAUUGUGAGUAUGAUUUGGCUACAUGUCUAUUAACUAAUGGAGAUGCAGAGAGACGAUUGCCGAAUGAUGGAAGUAAUAUGAAGGAUAUGAAUGUGAUGUUUUGUAAAGAGCAGCAAGGUAUGAUGGGAAAGAUGGAUAAAACUGUGAAUAAUGUUAUUGCUAAUACGAAUGUGAAUACGAAUACGACUCCGGCUGUGGAAUAUAUACAUGUACGUGAAAACCCAAAACGUGAAAGAGAUUAUGUGGUUAAAAACACAACAGAGAGUUCACGAUAUGAGGUGGUUCGCUGUAUUGGUGAAGGGGCCUUUUCCUCUGUCUAUUUAGCCCGCCGUAGGUCGGAUGGCAUCUUAUUUGCUCUUAAAUAUCUCAUUUGUAAAGAUGAUAAAGAACGCCUAAGUGCUAUUCAAGAGUGUGAAACGAUUAACUCUGUUCAGGGACAUCCAUGUAUUAUUCGCCUGUGGGAUAUGUUUAUGAAUUACGAAUUUGGGGCUGGAAAACAAGUGGGAGGAACAACAACAACAACAACAGCAGCAGCAAGAACAGGCGGGGAAAUGUCUAUAGAGACACAAUUGGCCCUUCCACCAGCCCAGUGGAGACUCACAGGAACACAGAGAAGAGAUGGACGUUCACCAUGUGAUGAGAUGACUGUAUUGAAGGUUGCCCAAGAACAAUUACUACAAAUACAAUUACAACAGCAACAACAACAAUUACAAAAACAAAAACAAUUACAAUUACAACAACAACAAUUACAACAAAGACUCCUUUCACCACAUCUCAUGCCUCUUACACUUGGGAAUACCAAAUCUAUCUCUGUAGGUAAACCUAUCCCAUUACAAUCACCUAGAGAACAACCACAGUUGAGUGAAGGAGUUACAUUACAGCAGAGUACACGAACAGAAAAACGGGGUUCUUUACUUGUGGAGUUGGAACGGCCAUCACUACCGCAAGCAACCCCCAUUCCAAUCACAAAUACACCUACAGAUCACAAUAAUAAUAAUAAUAAUAAUAAUAAUAAUAAUAAUAAUAAUAAUAAUAAUAAUAGUGAUAAUAAUAAUAAUACUCACUCUGUAGUAUCCACUACAGGAGCAGGAACAGCGGCAGCAACCGUAGUGACACAUAAUGAUACCCAUGUUGAAGGUACUCAACCACCACAGAAAUUUAAAGACAACAACAACAACAGCAACAGCAGCAGCUAUAGUAAUAAUAACCCAAAGCCAAUAGUACCAGAUAAUCUAAAUCCAGCUUCUACUAACAACACACCUGCAGUGGUGGCACCAGUAGUAGUACAACAAGAAAAAAAGGUACAUUACUUAAACUUUGCAGAUCCAUCUCAAUUACCGCCAACAAGAAAUAUCCCUGAGCGAGAAGUUCCGACUACACAAACAGUUGCUCGUACUUCCUAUGCCCCACGCGGUACGAUUCAUUACAACAACUUUGAUAUUACUUCUUCAGGUUUUGGUGGUAUGCCAUUUACACCAAUAACUCAGAAAAAUAAUAUUACAAAGCCUCCUACUGCAAGUAGUAAUAUUAAUAAUAACAAUAAUAAUAUUACAACCUAUGCACCGUUGCGGUAUGUUCAACCUACUGUAAGUAAUAUGCAGUAUUCCAAUUUUAUUCCUGCAUAUGCUGUCGAAAGUAAAAACACAGCGCUGGAUGAGAAGAAAAAGAAGGAGGAGGAAGUACCAAUGGUUAAACCCAAAUCCGUUGCUGAAGCUGUACGUGCGGCUCAUGCUGUUAAACGUAAUGAAGAAAAAGAAGCUCUCGGGAUCCAAUCACCACCACAACAACAACAACCACAACCAUUACCAUUAUCCCUUUCUCCUCCAAAUGUCACAGUAUGUCCUGAAAGAAAUGCCAUUCUCACUGCUGUAGGAGGAACCACCACCACAACAACAGCAACAAAGGCAACACCAAUGACAUUCAUACAACCAUCAAAUGAAAAGGAAAGUGAAAUAGGAGGUCAUAAUAAUAUGAUGAAGCCAUCACCAGCUAUUGAUCCUAUUGGAAGUCCAUCCCUACAGAAACAACAACAACAACAAAAAGAACAACAACCAUGUGAAGAAGUAAAGAAUUCUCUUCAGAAGCCUGCAGUAGCCAAAAUAGCGGAACCUAUACCGAAGCGCAUGCCUCAUGAAAAGAAAUCCCCAAUCUUUGGUUUAUCAGAUUCUGGCCCAAUUCACACGCGAUACUUCUGUCUUUUGAUGGAUUAUCAUCCUAUGGGAGAUCUCUGCCGUUAUGUUCUUCAACACUCUGCGAAACACAAUGAUGAACUACGCCGUCAAUUAAAAGAAGAAGAAGAAAAGGCUCGUUUGGGGAAACAAUUAGAAGAUAACUCUAGAAAAGAAGAAGAAGAUUCCACAGGUUGGGUUCGUAUUCUACCAGGGAAUAAUAGUAAUAACAGUCUUUCUAUAUUCCGACCGGGUAAAUCAUCCUAUACUUUACAUCCAUCUGCACGAUGUCAUUCUUCUCUUGAUCGAGGUAAUUUUCCCUCAGCACAAGCCGUAGUGGGAACACAAACUUGUAGUAAUGAUGGUACUUCUACAGGAAGUGGAGGUUGUUAUGAUAGUAAUAGUAUUGAUAAUAGUACUGCCCCUGCUAAUAGUAGCAAUACAGAUACUGAUUUUAUCAUGCGUGGAAAUGCUUUUACGGAGGAACAACUUCUCUCCAUUGCAUGUCAAUUAGCCUCUGUGUUGGUGCACCUUCACUCACAGCAUCCACCUAUCGUACACCGUGAUCUUAAACCAGAAAACAUUCUUAUUUCUGGAGUACCCUUACAAGAUAAUAGUAACACGCAAUCUGGAGAUAAAAGUGAUGAUGAUGGUAUCAAGAAUGAAAUUGAUGAUCGUCCUCAUCAUAAUAAUAAUAAUAAUAAUAAUAAUAAUAAUCAUGAAGAUGGAAAUGCUCCUGUUGCGAUUCCUAUUGCUGCUGCUGCUUCUUCUGGUGGUAGUGUUGCCCAUACCCCACAACGAAAGAAGGAACGUCGUUCUCCACGAGAAGUCACCGGUUGUUCCGUUAAAUUCACACAAGAUUUCAUUCCUAUUGUUGUUACGGACUUUGGAUUGGCAUUAGUGCAGGAAGAUAGACGUCGGGCCGGUCGUGGGGGAGGCACUCGGCCGUAUAUUGCCCCGGAGUGUUGGACUGGCCACACCAGCACCGCCAGUGAUGUGUGGAGUCUUGGAUGUGUUUUGUAUGCUCUCGCCACUGCCCGAGUGACGGCGCAGACGGUGCGAAUAAUGUCGGAGGAGGCCAUGCGAAGUGGAUUCUCUGCGAUGGUGUUUAAUGAUAUUCGUGCGAAUAAUUAUUCCUUGGCGUUGGCGAGUUUUGUGGUGUCGUUGCUGGUGGUGGAUCCCACCAAGCGGCCCACGGCGCCAAUGGUGCUGCAGUGUUUUAUGUCGGAGAAUGGAGUGGUGAGUUUUAAUCCAAACUGUCCGUUCUUUAGCAACGUUGUGGACCUCUGA